AUGGGGGAAGGGAUAGGAGUUGGAAUUUUGGCCGGCUUAAUCAGUCUCCAGGAUGUUCUUAUCUCAACAUUGUCCCAGGUUGUUCUUAUCUCUACAUCAUCCCAGGAAAGUUCUUAUCCAGACUGUCAGUAUAUCGUAAACCAUUGCGAAACUACCGGAGGUCUUGACCAGCCCUAUGGUCUAGAUAAAGUUCAUACUGGAGAACGUCCUUCUUCAGUUGGUAACCAUAUAGGCAUCUCCAAAUCAACAGAUGCCUUUGCCUUUGAUGAGGACAGCAGCAAUGAUGUACUCUCUCCAGAACAGCCACAAAGUGAAGACUCACAGAGUUCUCAUCCUUUCCCACAAGACACAAAAGCCACAGAGGUCUCUUCAUCUGCUCCAUCAGAAGCCACUCAGGAUCAUACUUCCAGCUCUGAAAAUGAGAGAUAUGAACCAGUAUCACACUCCAUCAACCAGGCAGACAACAUGAAGCAGGUGAAUGAAACAUUGAGCUCACCCAUCCAUAUACCUGCUAUGGUAAAGUCUAAGUCCUUUACUGACAGCAGCAAGAACCGCCACAAAAAGCCAAAGGAGACCAAACCAAAAGUGAAGAAGCUAAAAUACCACCAGUACAUUCCACCUGACCAAAAGGCAGAAAAGUCUCCUCCACCUAUGGACUCUGCUUAUGCUAGACUUCUGCAGCAACAGCAACUUUUUUUACAACUACAAAUUCUCAGCCAACAGCAACAACAACAAAGAUUCAGCUACCCAGGGCAUCACCAAGCACACCUGAAGGAACCCAAUGAAGAGUUGAUCAGAAAUCCAAACUCAUCAGUAUCCAUAAACAAUACUUCUCUAUCUCCUGUCAAAACCACUUUUUCUGGACAAACUGGCAUUUCUUCUCUCGAGCUGGGUCCUCUUCCAACAAAUCUGGAUGAUCUGAAGGUCUCUGAAUUGAGACAGCAACUUCGAAUAAGGGGACUACCUGUAUCAGGCACCAAAACAGCCCUCUUGAAUCGUCUUCGACCCUUUCAGGACUGCCCUGGGAACACAGUGCCAAACUUUAGUGACAUUACUACUAUAACUUUUCCUGUCAACCCAACCAAUACUCUAACCAAUUAUCAGUCUUCAUCUACUAGUGUCUUACCCAAUGAGUUCUAUCACUUUGGCAGUACCAGUUCCACACCGCCCAUUUCCCCCACAUCAUCUGAUCUUUCAGUUACUGGCUCUCUACCAGAUACAUUCAAUGAUACUUCACCAUCAUUUGUUCUACAACCCUCUCCUGUCCACAUUUGUGCUGAGGAGAGCCUAAUGAACAAUAUCAAUGGGGGGCGCAUGCAGUCUGAUUUAGAUGGGAUUGAUUCUGAAAAGGACAAGAUGUUAGUAGAGAAGCAAAAGGUGAUUAAUGAACUUACCAUAAGGCUACAGAAAGAACAAAGACAAGUGGAAGAGCUGAGGAUGCAACUUCAGAAGCAGAAGAGGAAUAACGUCCCAGAGAAGAAACAGCCACAGUCUCAUUUCUUUGGUGCUCUCAUAAAGAAGGAAGAUACUGUAUGCAGUUGUUCUUUUCCAGUGAAACAAACAUACGUGAAAAUACAAACUAGUAGUACAGAGAAACAACUAAGUACUUGUGAACCUACCCAACUUUUUCCCCUGAUAAAUAGUCAUUGUGUAGAGUCUGUAGAACAGACAAAAGUGCUUUCUUCAACAUUUCUUAGCCCUCAGAAUUCUCCCCAACACUCCUCAAUUGAAACUAUGAAAAGUCCACAAUGUAUAAGUCAGACCCCAUCACCCAACAACCAUUACCUCCUCUCUUCAUCUUCUAACUCCCAAGGAGAGAGUCAGAGUGGCCUCUCACAAACCUGCAGCCAAAUAUGCCCAAUUCAGAGCUCAAGGAUACAAGAUGGCAAUACCUCAGGCUUCUCUUCUGAGUCAUCCAGCCUUCACACUACUUUUCUUGCUAUCCAACCAGACACCAGCCAUGUUACCAGAGGUGAUGUUUCUCCAAAAAACUCUGAUCCAGAACACAAGCAAAUGACUCAAAGUCAGCAGAUGGAUGAACUCCUGGAUGUCCUCAUUGAAAGUGGAGAAAUGCCAGCAAAUGCCAAAGAAGAUCAUUCAUGUUUCCCAAAAGUGCAAAAAAUAACUGGAUCUUCUCAAAGUGUUCUCCACAAAUUCUCUGUUCCAUUUGAGCACAGUUCUCCAGCAACACAGCUCUCUUUUGAUCACUGCACAACUAAUGGUGACAGUCAUUUUGAAGUCUUACUGAAUUCUCACAGUCCCUUGAGCAAGCUCAGCAAUGCCACACUUCUGAAAAUUGGAAUUGAGGAAUCUCAGUUUGAAGAGAUGAUGGAUAAAUUCUCUGACAAAGCAACAGAUGAACUUUUGGUUUCUCAUGAAAUCUUACCAGCACCUCUCUCUCCCAUACAGUCUCAGCUUUCACCUUCAUCCAUAGAUGGAACAGGUUUACAGCUGAGUUUAACAGAAUCUCCUUGGGAAACUAUGGAGUGGCUAGAUCUUACCCCACCAAAUUCCACAACAGACUUUAGUUCUCUCACUGCCACAGACCCAAACAUCUUCAACAGUGAUUUCUUGGAUAUUACUGAUCUCAAUUUGAAUAGCGCCAUCGACCUUCAUUUACAACAGUGGUAA